GCCGUCCUUUUCCGCCUGAGCAUGGGCUCGUUGUUUCAGACGUUGACCUUACAACCGGAUGAGACAAUAACCGUGACUAAAUACCAGGCCAGGCGCAACCAAAAGAUAGAAAGUUUUUCACUCAACUACCGCUACGCUCUGCAGGUGCCGGACAGUCUGACCUACUAUCCGCUUGAGGUCAAGUUCGCCGACCGUAUAUCAUCUGCUUUCAACUGGAGUUACCUAGACAACCUCGUUUGUACUCGUGGUAUAAAUGAUUCCUACGGUCUCGUCUCGGUUCGUCUUCCUUUUUUCCAGUUCCCUUUUUUUGUUGGUGUUUUGCGUUUCAAAAUAUUGUGUUACAGGUUUUAUGCAGGAUUCCUUACUAGGCACUCGCCAUAA